AUGCCUUCUGCACGCACAAACCAGCCUACCAUCGUUCAUUCGCGGCCUUCCACGGCCAAGAAGGAGCGCGUGGUCGGCUUCUACGAGGACCCAGUCGACUCUUUCUCCCGUCCUGUCAACACCGCUGAGAGCUGGGCCGCCUACCACUUCGAGAUGCACGCCAGGAAGUGUGCUUACUGCCACAACCCCUAUGAAGUCCACCGCAACCACGAGCAGCUCUGCGAGGUCGGCCACGGCCUGGCCCAACAAGUCGCUCGCUACAUCUACCAAAAGUCCGACGGAGCCACCUACUCAACUGUCGAGGAAGACAACAAGCUUGUCCGCGUAGAGAUCCCAGCCGGUUACGUUGAGGUCUGCAGUCUCCUCAAGGCCAUUGAGCGCAGCAUCCGUCACCGAUCCCGCAAGCCAUUCGUCUCCAUGGACCGCAGCUACUACGUUGCCCCUCGCACAGCACCCGCCUCUCCCCGACGAAGCCACUCCGUCAAGGUUGAGCAAGAGCCAAAGACCAAGACCAAGCCAUAUGCGCGAUCACGAAACGGCGAGAUUGUCGACUGGCCACAGCACACCACCACCAGGCCAAAGCGACCACUCGCCGAGAUUAGCAACACUCCCAGCUCCAAGCGCGGUUCUCUCUACGAGGAGGACCUGGCUAAGCAGCGCCGAGCUGCAAAGCACUACGCCGUCGAGGUCCGCGAGCCAUCGACACGGGACCUUCGCGAGCACCGUGGCGCACACGUCGACUUCAGUGACGUGCCAAGAAAGAUCUAUGAAUACACAAGAGUUGCAAGGCGGUAUCCAGGUACAGUACUGUUCUCACUAACCGUUUGCACUCAUUUCGCUCUACCUCCAUACCCGAAAGACAUCAAGGCAAUCUAUCACGCACCCUGCCCUUUGACUAGACGCGCUACAGAUACAUACGAAGCUUCACUGUCAAGACACUUGGAGAACAGGGCGUUAUCGCAGGACUACCAAUAUCGUUUGCUUGUUCUGGUAGUUGAGAUAUCUUUCACUGAUUGCAGGCGCUCUGGAGACGCGAUUGCCGAUGCUGACAACCACGAUAUGAUACGCGUUCGGUUAAACCACGACGCAGCCCACGCGCGACCGAAAGAUACCGAACUGAAUGGGCGCAUCUUCAGCAACCCUCAAAUUAUCAAUGCAAAAGUACACACGCCUGAAGAAAAACGUCGGAAUCGGUCACAUUAUCUGGAUCAUGAUCAGCGAAGGCAUCGAAAGCAUGUGCGUUUUGAAGACACCCCCCGAUCCGAAACGCGCGCUCAAGAACCCUACCCAUGGAUGACUGCAGUUGAAGCUCAGAAGUCCAACGCAGAGUCGUGUCCGCAGAUUGGCGCCAAGCAUAAGGAAAAGACAGAAGAUAUUCGAGAGCGCGUCGACUUCCUGGACAUCAGAUACGACGAAGAUUUCGGGAAAAACGAAGAGUUCAAAACACCCGAGGAGAGGCUCAUCAAGUAG